ACCAAACCAAACCAACCAACCAACACAAACACAACUUAAGAGACUUCUCAUAUAAACUAAACUAAACUAAACAAAUACAUGUGUACUUGUACUUCAACUUACAAUUAACAACUAGAAACACCACUUCAAAACCACCCCUCUUUUCCCCAAAUCGAUUGAAUUUGCACUCCCCCAAUUGUCAAUUCUAAUCCCUUGGGGCUUCCUUUCUCUCUCAUCAGAUCUAAGAUUUUCUCAAUUUUGUUUUCCCUAAAUCUCUUUUUCUCUCUAUUUGAUCCCAUUUUCCCCCAAUUUCGACAAUCAAAAACCUAAAAAUUCUAGAAACAGUACAGAGUGAGAGAAAAUGAUGGGAGAGGAAGAGAACUGAAACCCAUUUUAGUUCUCUUUCUCUCUCUACGUGGGUAUUUUUCCAUUUUUUCCGGAAAUGCUCUUACCAUGAGCAAAACCGCCAUUAUUACUGAAGACGAGGAAGAAGAAGAAAAAAUUUCAUACUUACAACAUUGCCUACAAGAAGAGGAAGAAGAAACUUUUUAUGAAUCACUUGAUCGGAUCCUUUCUUCUUCUAAUUCUUCUACUUCUAAUUCUGAAGAUGAUAACGAUGUCAAUUUGCCCUCUCCUUCGCCUCGCCGCCAUAGGAAUCAUAUCCAUCAUGGAAAGUCUUGUAAAUUCCCAAUGCCGGCUCAAAACUACGACGUUUGGGUUUCCUCUGAGUCGUUCUGUCUUUCCUCUAUUGAGCAGCGUCGUGAUCGCCUCCUUCGUGCGCUUGGGCUUGCAUCUGACCCCUCUUUAUCUCGUCGAGGAGUGAACAAUUUGCGAUCUGUGUCGUUUGAUCAUCAUUUUUUGGUCGGGGAGACAGUUGAUCAAGUGGGUAAAUCGCUCCAGGAAGAUGGUAUUGGUGGAGGUAUAAACAGGUCUAAAUCUGAUCAAUGUAAUUCCUGUUCUUCUACUUGUUGUUCUUCUUCAUCGAUUCUUUGUAGUCGUUGUGUUUCUGAUAAUAAUACUGUAAAUAGAGAUAUUAAAAACAGUUAUAAUAAGCAUAAUGUUGUUGAUGUUGGUAAUAAAGUCAAGAUUAAGGAGGUUAAUUGUAAUGGGGUUUUUGUUGAUGAUAAUUUGGUGAACAAUGGGUGUAUUGAGUCGGGUUUAGGUGGUUCGAGUGAUGAGAUUUUGGAGGGGAGAAAUGGUGGACAACAAGGGAUUAAUGAGAUUGAGGGCGAAUGUGGUGGUGGGAAAGAGAUUAUUGAGAGUGAAAAGGUGUGUACUAUUAAGAAUCUCGACACGGGGAAAGAGUUUGUGGUUAAGGAGGUUAGAGAAGAUGGGAUGUGGAAUAAGCUUAAGGAGGUUGGGACCGGGAGGAAUUUGACUAUGGAGGAGUUUGAGAUGUGUGUCGGACAUUCUCCGAUUGUUCAAGAGUUGAUGAGACGCCAAAAUGUGGAGGAUCAACUCAAUAGUAUUAAGGAUGAUGGGGAAUCUAAGGGGGAUAGCGAGGGUGGAUCUAAGUCAAAGAAGAAAGUUAGCUGGUUUAAAAGUAUUAAAAAUGUGGCUAGUAGUGUUGCCGGGUACAAAGAGAGGCGUAGCAGUGAUGAUAGAGAUACCUCAUCGGAGAAAGGUGGUCGUAGGUCUAGCUCUGCCACUGAUGAUAGUCAAGAUACAUCAUUCCAUGGGCCGGAGAGAGUUCGGGUUCGACAGUGUGGUAAAUCAGUCAAGGAUCUCACGGCAUUGUAUAAGAGCCAGGAAAUUCAGGCCCAUAAUGGUUCCAUUUGGACUAUUAAGUUUAGCUUAGAUGGAAGGUACCUUGCAAGUGCUGGUGAGGAUUGUGUCAUUCAUGUUUGGCAAGUGCUGGAAUCUGAGAGGAAGGGUGAGCUUUUGAUGGAUAGGCCAGAUGAUGCAAAUUUGAGUCUUUGUAUCUUAGGAAAUGGAUCACCUGAACCAAAUUCUCUUUCCUCUAGCCUGGAUAAUUUAGUGGAGAAAAGGAGGAGGGGCAGGCCAUCUAUCAGCCGGAAAUCUGUUAGCUUGGAUCAUAUUGUAAUUCCCGAGGUUGUUUUUGGGCUGUCAGAGAAACCUAUCUGUUCAUUUGAGGGGCAUUUAGAUGACGUGCUUGACCUCUCGUGGUCGAAAUCUCAGCUUCUGCUUUCAUCCUCGAUGGAUAAGACGGUGCGCUUGUGGAAAUUGUCCAGCAAAACUUGUUUGAAGGUGUUUUCCCACAGUGACUAUGUAACUUGCAUCCAGUUCAACCCCGUUGAUGAUAAAUAUUUUAUAAGUGGAUCUCUAGAUGCGAAGGUUCGCAUAUGGAGCAUUCCUGAUCGUCAAGUUGUUGAUUGGAAUGAUCUGCAUGAGAUGGUCACUGCUGCCUGCUACACCCCGGAUGGUCAGGGUGCAUUAGUUGGUUCAUACAAGGGAAGCUGCCGCUUAUACAACACAUCUGAAAACAAGUUGCAACCGAAGUGUGUGAUCAACCUGCAAAACAAGAAGAAGAAAUCCCACCUCAAAAAGAUCACUGGGUUUCAGUUCGCUCCAGGGAGUUUUACCGAAGUUCUUAUAACAUCCGCAGAUUCAAGAGUUCGGGUUGUUGAUGGCUUGGAUCUGUUUCACAAGUUUAAAGGGUUCCGCAAUACCAACAGUCAAAUUUCAGCUGCCCUCACUGCCAAUGGCAAGUAUGUGGUGUGUGCGAGUGAGGAUUCCCACGUGUAUGUCUGGAAACAUGAAGGUGAGUCCCGGCCUAAUAGAAGCAAGGGAGUUACCGUCACUCGUUCAUAUGAACAUUUCCACUGCCAAGAUGUAUCUGUGGCCACGCCAUGGCCUGGAAUGGCUGAAAUGUGGGGAUCACAAGAUUUAUGCUCUGAGGAUCUAAAUGGAGUGCACCAUCAUAUGGAUGAGGCCUCAACAGCCAACCACCCCCCAACACCAGUGGAGGAGUUCAAUGGUAACGACAGCUCUCCUUCUGCAUCCGGUUGCAGUAAUAGUCCUUUUCGUGGCACAAUAUCUAGUGCACCCAACAGCUAUUUCUUUGAUAGAAUCUCGUCAACAUGGCCAGAAGAAAAGCUACUUCUAGCCACCAAAAUUCGAAGUCCACGUGUUAGUUUAGACUACUCCAACGGAGUGCUACAAAACCGUGCUGCUUGGGGAAUGGUGAUUGUUACCGCUGGUCUCAAAGGGGAAAUCAGAACUUUCCAGAACUUCGGAUUGCCAGUUCGGAUAUAGGUAUGUUUUUUUGUUCGCCCGUGUUGUCAUACCGUGUACAGAGAUUUGUAAUAUUUGUGAGCAUUUGUUCUUGCUUGCUUGUAACUUGUGGUCGGAUGAGGCAAGAAAAAGCUCAUCCGACUUCCAAGCAUCGAGGAAGAAGUACAGAUUUAUUGGGGGAAUGGGGAAGAAAAAAAUAUAAAGAAAGAGGAAAAAAAAAAUGUUACACCCAGAAUUUAGAAAGUGAUGGAUUUUAUUUAUGUAAUCCAAAUCAAAAAAAAAUGUAAGAGUUAUGCCACAAAGCUUAUUUAUUGAGUUAUAAAUGAAUUGAUUCAUAUUGAUACAUAGUCCUACAAUUACAAA